GCAUAUGGCACAAACCUUGACUUUGGCCGAACCUCGGUUAAAAUUGAGCUAUAUAUAACGCUUCGGAUUCUGCAAUUAAUUAGCUUGAUAAAACAGUUUGGAAGAUAUCUAAACCAGAAGGAAUCUCUCAAUAUCAUGUCAGAGCCGGAUAUUAAGACGUUUUCUGGGGCGGAUUACGGAGUCCUGAGCGCCAUGCUCGCCUUAUCUCUGGGCAUAGGUUUCUACCAGGCCUGCGCUGGUGGGAAGCAGAAGACGGCUGAGGAAUUCUUGAUGGCCAAUCGUAACAUGCACCCGAUUCCUGUGGCCCUCUCCUUGGUGGCUAGUUUCAUCUCAGCGAUCACCUUCCUCGGAACACCAGCCGAAAACUAUGUUCAUGGUAUCAUGCAUAGUUGGUUCUGGCUGGCCAGUGUCUUUGCAUCCAUCAUCACGAUGCUUCUAUUCAUGCCGACGUUCUAUCGGUUAGGUAUAACGAGUUCUAAUGAGUACUUAGAGUUACGGUUCAAUCGCUUCGCUCGAUAUCUUGGGAUGGGAAUAUUCUUUCUCUACAUGAUUUUUUACCUUGGUAUUGUUCUAUACGCACCCUCCUUGGCUCUUAAUGCUGUGACAGGACUAAAUCUAUGGGGAUCGGUUUUCGCUAUCGGUAUUGUCUGUACGCUUUAUACCACAAUAGGAGGGAUGAAAGCUGUUCUUUGGACUGACGUGUUUCAGAUGACAUUGAUGGUAGUCGGGUUCAUCGCCGUCAUCAUCCAGGGCGCCCUCAGGGUUGGUGGGAUAGACAAUGCUUGGCAGAUUGCUUCAUCGGUCGACGAUAGAAUGAACAUAUGGAUUUUUAGCACUGACGUCACACAACGUCACACGGUAUGGGGGAUUUUGAUUGGCGGAACCUUCGCAUGGACCAGUAUCUUCGGCGUGAAUCAGGCUCAGGUGCAGAGGUACCUCACGUGUGGGUCCAUCGAGAAAGCAAGAAUAGCAAUAUGGAUCGCCAUGUUUGGUAUGAUCUUGGUUCAGGUGCUCCCUCACAUAGUGGGCGUGGUCAUGUAUGCUAAUUAUGCUGGCUGUGACCCCAAACUUCACGGCGCCAUAGCGAGCUAUGACCAGUUGAUGCCCUAUUUCAUCAUGGACCUGUUUGGUUCGAUGCCAGGUUUACCGGGGUUACUUACAUCGGCAGUCUUCAGUGCAGCAUUGAGUACUAUUUCAUCGGGUCUGAACGCCCUCGCAGCAGUAGCCGGCGAAGAUGUCAUCAAAGGCAUUUGGCCGAACAUGAAGGAUAGUCAGUACACGUGGAUAUCGAAAGGAUUUGCUUUGCUGUUUGGUGUGGUGACCAUUUUCUCUGCACUCCUGGCAUCUGAGAUGGGAGAAAUCCUCCAGACGGCAAUGAAUCUGUUUGGUAUGUGUGGUGGUCCUAUCCUGGCGCUUUUCUCAUGCGGAAUGUUCUUUCCAUGGAUUAACUCAAAGGGGGUCAUAUCAGGGACUCUUCUCGGUCUAGCCUUCGCCUUCUGGGUUGGUAUAGGGGCGCAGAUUUACCCCCAUCCACCCAAAGACCCACCCCUCUCAGCCGACCUUUGCUCUUUGGAAAACUCAACUUUCUUCUCGACAUCGGAGUCGAUGACCACUUUAUUGAACUACGAAGACACAACAACUAUGAUGAUGAUGGAAGAAAUGACGACGUCUGACUCUGGGAAUUCAGAGUCUUCCUCGUUUGAUUUGUAUAAGAUUUCAUACACCUGGUGGGGAGUAUUCUCAUUUCUCGUUUCUGUUGUCUCUGCUAUCAUAAUCAGCAUCUUAACAGGCCCUCAGGAUCCGAGAAAAUUGGACCCCCGUUUGAUAUGUCCAGUGGUCGAUAGAUUGUUUUGCUGCCUGCCUGAGAAAUGGAAGAUACCACUCCGCUGCGGGGUAGGGGAGGACUUUAACGCAGACGAGAAGGAAUACGAGUACCAAGCAAUGAGGAAACAGGAUCAAGUAAACCACGAAAAAGAAGGAGGAAUAGAAUUCCAUAAAAUUACAGAAACUUAAUACGAAAAGAGUAAUAUUCUCAUCGAGUUCACAGUCUUUUUUAUUCGAGAUUCGGGAUGUGGGAAUAUUCAUCAUUGACAA